AUGGUGACGUCAUCGUUGUUGAUUGCUGCUGAAAACGGAGGUGUUCGUGAAUUGAAUGAACUCAGCAUGGCUCGGGGAUUCCCCAAUCUCCGGAAUAAGCAAAAAGAAACCGCUGCUCAUGUAGCUGCCGGAGCCGGCCAUAUCGAAGCUUUGAAUUUUCUGACCGUAAAAGGCGCACAGCUUUCUAUGGAAGAUGAACGAGGUUUCUUUUUAUGA